UGAAGGUGGUGACGUGUACGAGGUCAUAUAAGACGUUGGUUCCGCGCAGUCGUCGGCUGUGGGGGGCCGGAAGUGGUUAGGGGGGAGUCGCAGCUGGAGUGAAGCCUCCUCAGCUGGGAGGUCUGGGGCCCGUCUCGCCGCCGGAGCCAGCCCCAGGCAGACAUGGAUUUCCGAGAGAUCCUGAUGGUGGCGUCGGAGCAGCAGGGGCUGAGCGCGGUGUCGAAAAGAUACAGUUUGGCAGUAGGCCCUCCCAAAAAAGAUCCAAAAGUCAAAGGUGUCCAUUCUGCAGCAGUGCAAGCUUUUCUGAGACGGAAAGAAGAAGAAAUUAGGGAAAAAGAACUAGAGGCAAAAAGGAAGAAGGAGAAACUUCUAGCUAAGCGUAUUGAAUUGAAACAUGAUCGAAAAGCAAGAGCUAUGGCUUCACGGACAAAGGACAACUUCUAUGGCUAUAAUGGCAUUCCUAUUGAAGAGAAGCCUAAAAAGAGGCAGACUUGUGAAAAUGUCAGUCGAUGCACAGAUGCAGAAUAUAUGACAGAAGAUGAGGAAGAGCAAUUUGAAUACAGUCAGACUGAAUCUGAGCAUGAACCAGAGGAAUAUGAGGAGAAACCAUCCAAAGCUGCAGUGAAACCAAAGGCACCUCCCAAUAGUGCUUCUACCCCUAUGAACUUUGUAGAUCUUCUGAGGCUGGCUGAAAAAAAACAGUAUGAACCAGUAGAAAUAAAAGUAGUUAAAAAGACAGAAGAAAGGCCAAGAACAGCAGAAGAAUUGAGAGAAAAAGAAUUUUUGGACCGGAAAAACAAAAAAGGGGAAAUCCAGAAAGAGAAAAAAAAACCUGAAAAAGAGAUUAAGAAUGUAACUGCAUCAAGUUCUUCAAAUAAAGUGUUUUCUCAUAAAGAGUUUAUAAAUGCAAAACUUAGCAAAAACUCAGUGGAUAAAUGUUCCUCUUCAAAAGGCAGUUUCCCUUCUCAGUGUGGUCCUGAUAAGAAAUCCAGUCGACCUGUGUUUAGCGACAAACAUGCAAGGUCAUCAUCUUCCUCCAAAUACAGUCAAGUGGAAAAAGCAAAAGUUACACAAAAUGAAUCUUUAAAAAGCUCAUCGAGUGGCAUCCAUAGUAGAUCUUCAGUCAAUGGAGUAGGAAAAUUUGGGUCAGGCACACAUACACCAAGCUCAAAAGCACCCACUAAUGGGGCUCAGAAACUACAAUCUACUAAAGAACCUAGUCUGAAAAAAUCUACUUCUCUGCAUACAAAACUGGGUAGUGCAACACCUCCUCAGCAUGAAAUUGUUAAAAAUUCCAGCUCUGGGCGGCCGGGAAGCAGUGUGGGAGUGGGCAGGCCCGGGCGGCUGGGGACCAGUGCAGGAAUGGUUAGGCCAGCCAGCAGUGUGGGGACAGGCGGGCCCGGGCGGCCGGCCAGCAGUGCGGGGAUGGGCGGGCCCGGGCGGCCGGCCAGCAGUGCGGGGACGGGCGGGCCCGGGCGGCCGGCCAGCAGUGCGGGGACGGGCGGGCCCGGGCGGCCGGCCAGCAGUGCGGGGACGGGCGGGCCCGGGCGGCCCGCCAGCAGUGCGGGGACGGGCGGGCCCGGGCGGCCCGCCAGCAGUGCGGGGACGGGCGGGCCCGGGCGGCCCGCCAGCAGUGCGGGGACGGGCGGGCCCGGGCGGCCCGCCAGCAGUGCGGGGACGGGCGGGCCCGGGCGGCCCGCCAGCAGUGCGGGGACGGGCAGGCCGGGGACCAGUGCGGGGAUGGGUGGACCUGGGCGGCCGGGGAGCAGUGCGGGGAUGGGUGGACCUGGGCGGCCGGGGAGCAGUACGGGGAUGGGUAGACCUGGGCGGCCAGGGAGCAGUGGGGGAACGGGCAGGCCGGGGAGCAGUGUGGAAAUGGGUGAUCCUGGACGACCGAGAAGCAGUGUGAGGGCAGGACCUGGAAAGUCAGUCAGUUCAAGCGUGGGACCUGGGCGACCAGGCAGCAGCUCAGUUGCACCUCCAAAACCUAAGUGCACUGUUGUAUCAGAAACAAUCUCAUCUAAAAAUCUAGUCUCCAGACCAAUUAAUGUACCAAUGAAUGGAACAAGACCUUCUCCAGGGCAUAGACCAGUGUUUCAUCCACAAGGUCUUCCAAGGCCUUCUCUUCCACCUAUAAGUUAUAAAAGGCAAAUAGAAGAUGAUGAAGAAUAUGAUUCUGAAAUGGACGAUUUCAUUGAUGAUGAAGGGCAACCCCAGGAAGAAAUAUCAAAACAUAUUCGAGAAAUAUUUGGCUAUGAUCGGAAUAAAUAUAAAGAUGAAAGUGAUUAUGCCUUACGUUACAUGGAGAGCAGCUGGAAAGAGCAACAGAAAGAGGAAGCCAGGAGUUUGAGACUUGGUGUCCAAGAGGACCUAGAAGAGCUGAGACGUGAAGAGGAGGAAUUGAAACGUAAGAGGCAGGCAAAGAAGCUGAGGACACGUUAACUGAUUUACAGUGGUUUUGUUCUGUUUUUCUACUAUCCUGGUCACUCCUUUGCCUCAAUAUUUCAGCUCUUCUUAUAUUAUAACUUUAGUUUUUAUUUGCUUAUUGGUGAGCAAGAAAAUAUGUAAAGGGAGGAGAGGGCAUAGAAAAACAAGGCUUUAGUUUGACCCUAAAAUAUUUAUUUUUAAUACUUGCCAGGGAUAAUUUUUUACAAAAAGAAACUAAUGCAGAUUUUUGGAAUAAAAGCUAUUAAUGAAUGUUUCCAUUGACUAAAUUAGUUCAAAAUGCCAGCAGAAAUAUUGACUGACUAUGCACUGGCUUGCAAGAUUUAUGUGGGCCCAUACACCAGUAAAUCAGACUUGCAUUCUUCAUUUGACAUGUGGGGAAAAAAAAGAUGAAUGCCAUUUAUGUUACUUUUGAGAGAUAAAAGUACUGCUUUGUGUCUUAAAUCUCCUGGAUUAGGAUCCCUCAAAAUAUUGAAAUAUCAUCUUCUGUUCAAAACAGCUUGGUUAUAAAUUUCAGCCAUUGCCAGUAAUGUUUAAAGCAAUAAAAUAUGUUUUUCUGGUUUGAGAACCUUGUGUCUUGACAAAAAUAGUAAUUAAACAGAAGAACCUUUGAUUUCUAAAAAAAAGCUUGUCAUUUGUUAUACCUUGCAUUUAGCAGUGUGACCAAGUUUACAUUGGCAUUUUUUAUGUCUGGAAUGUCAAUGCCAACUGGUUUCAGUAAAACACAAAUAAACAUUUUUCCUGGAAAACAGGAAUUUGCAGUGUUUGUAUAUAACUAGUGCUUUUUAGCUCAAGCAAAUGCUUAGGAAUUUUUUUCUGCUCUGCAAAUCUUAAAAUUGAUUUUACAGUUUCAUCUGUUUUUACACGUUGAGUGUACAGUAUACUUUUAUGUUUUCUCUUGUGUUAAAAAUCAGGUUUUUUUUUAAAUAUGAAGCAGUUAUUUAUGCAAGCAGUUGCAAAGUCUGGAAGAGUAUAUUAGAAGGAAGUUGUGUGAAAUACAGAAUUUUCAGAUUUUUUUUUUGAUCAAGCCAAGAUGCAUUUGCAAUUCCUCUGAGAUAUCAAAUAACUUUGCAGUUGUCAUGCUGAAUUCAACUAGUGAAUACUUCUGAUUUAAUUUUAGCGAACCAAAAAUUUAAAUGUAAUGUGUAUCAAGAGUUCCGCCCUCCUAUUUUGAUGCCCAUAUUGCACCUUUAUUUCAAGCUAUGCACUACAAAGAUAAGUUUCCUCUCAGUAAAUAAGCAUGUAAACAAUAGGCACACGGUUCAUCUAAAUCUGCAGAGAUUGCACUCUGGGUUCACAGCCCUAAUCUAAUGAUGCAUUACUUUUUAUCCCGCAUGCUACAUAGUGUGUGUUCUCAUCAAAGAGCCAGUAUCACUACUCUACUCUGCUUCAAGCAUUAGCUCUCCAUUAGUAGUACUUCUGCCAUUAGAUACUUGAACCUGUUGCUAACCUCUAAUGCUAGAAGCAGUUGGCAAAGUGUUACAAGGUUAUUGGGGGUAAGUGGAAGAGACUGGCCAAGGAAUAAGAGGAGGAGGGAGAAGAGAAAUUGCAUGCAAAAUGAAUAGAUACACUAGGAAGGAGGGAACUUAGCCUAUCAGAAGGCAUUUCUUGUCAUUGCUGCCUCCAGAAACACCAAUUCUGGCAUCAAAGUGGAAGGACCAAUAUUGGCAGCAGGUGACCUGACUGACUCACUGUAAGGAAAAAAGGGGCAUUGUCCCUAUCAUAAACUGUUUAUGGCAGUGGUGAAGCAUUCCAUCUUUUCAACACAUUUCUAAAAGGAAUGAACCCUUUGGAUAGUGAUUACAGGUUUGUGUAGCAGUAAUUGACAGAGAUACCCAAAUGAAGGUAAUUACCAGUGCGCCUCUGUAUUUUUUUAAAAACUAUUAUAUUGCAGAACAUAGAAACUGAUGCAUCUCUGUUGUACUUGAUAUAUAUAUACACACACACACACACACACACACACACACACACACACACACACACACACACACACACACACACGAGAUGAUGCAAGAUACUGUCACCUGAUUGGUUGAUUAUUUACAUGCCAUUGUAUGUUUGCUCUGCUUAAUGGGACCAGCUGAAUUGUUUGCUGUAGUUUCUAGAAUUAUCCACUCAAGACAAUGAAUGUUGGGAUCAUGACCAAGUGGCUGUUCAUUUU